AUGAUCUAAGAGGAGUCUUUGCCUGGUUGCAAUAAUUCAAAUCUCUAUCAUUCGAUUGAUAUUUAAAAUCAAGCAGUUCAAUAAAUAUAAUACCAAGAAUGUCAAAGAAUAGAGGACAUCCCAUGUCAAAAAGAAAACUUAAUCUAAUCAGAAGUAAAAAAAAAACAAUUUUCUCAAUUAAUGGUUCAAUUCAAUAUCCAUCAUUUCAAAAGGAAAAUGCUGUCGUAUAUUCAUCCUUAUAAGGAAUUGUCAAAAAGCUAGUUUAGCAUGAUCUCUGAUAAGUCUUCAUCGUUCAAAAGCUAUCCAAAAAAAUAACAAUAAAAAACUUCGUUACUCUAAUAUAAUAAGGCAGUGUUAGGAUUUCGUAACAUAAUCAAAGAUUUUAAUAAUACUUUAGUAGCCUAAACCAAGAAAAAAGUGUCAUAUUUGAUAGGAAUAGUCCCUAUCAUUAAUCCGUACUCAACAACAAAGUUGAUUUGGGAUGGAAUAAUUACUAUAAUGAGAAUAUAUUUAUUGAUUUGGAUUCCUAUUUUGAUAGCAUUUAAAAAUGGAACUUUGGAGGAUAUGAACGCAUAUACACUUAAUGUGUGCAGUAGCGCUUUUUUAAUUGAUUUGGCAAUGCAGACUUUUACAAUCAGAUUUGAUAAGGGAUUUCCUGUAAAAGAUCGUUAUUAAUUGAUACAACAUUAAAUAAACUGGUGGACUGCAAUAGAAUUAUUUAGCUUUAUUAUAUCUUUGUAUUUCAGCAUCCAAUUUCAUUAGAACAACUUUUCAAUGUCAGUGGUAGAAGAUAAAGGGUGGACCAAAGCACUGCUGUUGCUGUUAAUCGUCCAAACCAAAAAUAUUCUUUAGUUUAUUGAGAAUUUAUAAUGUGUAAUAAAACCAAGUAAGUCAACUAAUUCAUUAAUCGAAUUAAUAAAAUUGAUUUGUUUAAUCUUAUUAAUCUAGCACAUUUUUUCGUGCAUAUGGUAUUGAAGAAAUAUAAUUAGGGUUAUCAUUGGCACAUACGAACAUUUGAAAUCUGAAACCUCAUGGCUAGAUUUGGUACACCUGGAUAUAGAUUAGCCUUGGCAUGUUAUUUAUUUAGAGGCCAUGUAUUUUAUAAGUGUGACUACAUUUACAGUUGGCUACGGAGACAUAACUCCACAGAGUAUAUUGAAUUUGAUAAACAAUAGAUACAUCAGAAAAGUGUUUUACUAUUGUCUACAUGUUUUUCUGUACUUUGCAGCUCUCAUAUUCUGUAAAUACUAUAGGAUCCAUUUUGAUUCAAUUGAAGGAAAACAAUGAAGAAAUUAAGUAGAAAAUGACAGCUGUUACCGAACAUAUGACAAAUAGACAAAUGAGUCGUGGAUUGCAAUUUAAGUAUGACAAUAAUUAUCCUAUUAUUUAGAGUUAGAGAGUAUUUAACUUAUUAUUGGCAACAAGAGAAUGUUUAAAAGAAAAAUGAGACUGCAGAAAUAAUACGAUUACUUCCAGAAGAACUUUAAAAAAGCAUACAGAGAGAAGGAAGUUCAAAUUUAAUAAAUAAGUGUCAAUUUUUCAAAGAGAAAUUUACUCCAGGAUUUCUAAAUCAAUUAGUGGAAAUAGCCUAUGUGUAGAAUUUCUAACCAGGAAUAAUAAUCAAUGAUCUGCAAAACAUAUACAUUAUUGAAUAUGGAUUUGUCGAAAUCUUACAAAAUUAAGUAUUUAUAUGAAAUCAAGAUUGUAGACUGUAGUCGGUUAAUUAAGUCAAUUUUAGUAGUUUGGAUUAAAAAAAGUGUCAAUGGAUUUGAUAAAUGAAACCAAAUAUCGUACUAAAUCAUUUACAAAUCUUCUUAUUAUUCCAUAUGCAUCCUUAGUCUAACUAGUGGCAUAAAAUUAGAAUGAAUUGGAAAUAGUAUCAUAGGCUAGUUUCAGUGUUAAAAAUGAAUGUGCUAUAUGCAAAGGUUCACAUGCAACAGAAUUGUGUCCCCAAGUGCAUUUUAUCCCAGACAAAGAAAAAGUAAUUAAAAAAUAUUUGUACAAUUCUACACAGACUAGAGCAAGGAUUAAGAGAAAACCGAAAGAUUAAUUUUAGGAAUGGAAAAGUGAAUUGAAGUUUUUUUAAGAUACGGCUGAACAGUUCUAAUAAGAUUCCAGUAAUGAAAUCGAACUCCUUUUCCCCAACAAUGAAAAGUAAUAACAAAUCAACGCUUGUACACAGAAUUCCUUGCUUGAAAUAAAUGAUGAGAAGCCCAAAUCAAUUAUAAUCAAUGUGCCUGUAGGACAAAAGGGGGACUAGGAAAUGAAGAUUGAUAGCAAGGAUCCCUUAAAAAGUGAUAGAAAAUUAGAAUUAAAAAAUGAUAUCGAUGAACUAUGUUUGACUCAGCAAUUUGAAGCCAUCUCUUAGAAAUUCAAACAAAUUCAAAUCUACAACGAAAAGAUAUAGAAGGACAUAUUUUUACUGUAUAAAUAAUUAGAAUGCCUUUUGGGAUAGAACGGAUAUGAAAUCGAUAAAUAUAAGAGUUAUAAACAUUAUUAUAAGAGUUGGAACAUCGAAAGAAUCAUAGUGGAACAUAAUUUUGCAACCAAUUAUAUAAAUCAUAGAAGAAGUGAGAGGGUAGGUCUUGAGUAGAUAUCAAAAUAUCUAUUAUUCCCUAAGAUGUAUUUACAAAAGUAUCGGACUGAGAAACCAGCUGAGGUUUAGCAAUAGCAGCCCCAAGUGAAUAAAAGUAUAAUUAAUGAAUAUUAUAGGCAUUAGAACUUCGAAGAAAAAGAAGCGUAUUGCCAUUCAUCCAGAUUUUUGAAUAUUACAUUAUUAGUAAUUUUAUAAUGGAUUAAAAUUAAAACAUCAGUCGUUGCACUCUAAUGAUAAAUGACAAUCAGAGUGAAUCUAAUAACAAUAUCGAUCAUUCUAUUAUUGGCAUAGACGAAACGAUUACCAAGAAGGUAGAUUUAACUAAGAAUACAAAAUAAAAAACAAAAUUUGAUCAAUCAGAAAUCAAUAUCUCAUUUCAAAAUUUAUAAAGUAAUCAAACCAGCUCCGUUUCUCCAAAGCAGAAAUCCUUUUCAAAGUUAUUGAUUUAUUUUCAUUCAACCAAAUAUGCCAACAAAAUGUUGCAAUUUAUUAGACCCAAUCAGAAAUUUCAAAGGAAGCAUUUUGCAAUCAUUGAUGAUCCUGCAUCCUCUUAUAAGUAUAUGAAGAAAACAACAAACAUCACUACCAACAUAGUCAGAUAGCACUUAUAUCUGAUUGAUUUCAGAAUUAAAUUUAGAAUGAAAUAUAGAGCACUUAAAACUUCCUUAAAAUAACACUUACUUCUAUGCUUCUCCUAGAUUCCCUUGAUUGAACCAUAAAGCAAAUUCAAAUUAUUAUGGGAUUUGAUAUUGAGUGCAAUGAGAGUCUACAUGAUAAUAUGGAUGCCAAUAGUAAUUACAUUCCACUCUAAAGAUCUUGAAUAAUAUCACAGUCUUUUCAUCUUUUUAACCUGCCUGUUUUUUAUUCUAGACAUUAUCCUCAGAGCAUUCACAAUAUGCUACGACAAGGGACUUCCUCUGAAAGACAGAUUUGAACUAGUGAAAAGGUAAUUCACAAUAUCAACUUGUUUGGAAUUAUUUAGUAUUUUAUUUGGGAUCAUUCUUACCUUCUCCUUUUUAUCAGAAAUAGAAAGUCCAUACAUAUUGGAAGAGGAUGGGUGGCCUAGGAUUCUACUUUUACUCUUCUUUUAGCAAAUAAUGAAUAUUCUACAGUUUUUUGAUACAAUUUAGCAUCAAUUAAAAUUGAGUAAGUUGAGUAAUUCUUUUAUAGAAUUGCUUAAAUUGGUGUUCUUGAUUUUGUUAAUUCAACAUUUUUGUUGUUGUCUUUGGUAACAAUUAUAGUGUAUAAUAAAGGGUAGUGAUAGGAGAGUAUAAGUAAAGGUAAGAUACAAUUAAUUGGCUUAAACGAGUUGAAGGAGAGCCUUGGUAAAAUGUAUAUUUGGAAUCAUUUUAUUUUAUGAGUGUUACCAUGUUCACAGUAGGGUAUGGUGAAAUAGUACCAACAAGUAAGAAUAACCAUAGAUAAUUUAGACCCUAUUGAGAAGAUAUUUUGUAUUUGUUAUAUGUUUCUAUCAACGAUGCAGUUGUCAUUCUCUGUAAAUACAAUAGGAACCAUAUUGACUUAAAUCAAAGAGAAUAAUGAGAAGAUCAGAUAAAAAAUGACUUGUAUUAAUGAAUAUAUGAGAGAAAAAUAAAUUAGCCAAGGCUUACAAUAUAAGUAAGAAUAAUUAAAUUUAAGGUAGAGUGAGAGAAUAUUUCAAUUUUUAUUGGGAAUAGGAAAUCAUAUAAAAAAGAAAUGAGUAGUCUGAUUUGAUCCAAUUGUUACCAGAAGAAUUGCAAAGUGAUCUAAAAAUUGAGUCAGCUUAGGUUCUGAUGAACAAAUGUGAAUUUUUCAGGCAGUUCUUCUCCUAAAAAUGCUUACAUUAGCUUCUCGAAAAAGUGGAGUUUAAGACCUUUUAGCCUGGAAUUAUUAUUGAAAAUAACGAUCUUAAUAUAUUCAUUAUAGAAUAAGGUUUGGUUGAAGUUAAAUAAUAAAAGGUAAAGAUAUAUGUAAUUUAAGAGAUAAUUAUGUUAUUUGAAGGAAAAUGAUUAUUUUGGUCAUUUGGAAAUGAAAAGUAAUUAAUCAUCUUCUUUGCAAUACAAGACAGCAUCGUUUUGUAGUAUUUUGAUAAUUCCCAAUAAAGGAGUAAGAGAAGUUUUAUAAUAAAAUGAAGUGGAUUAGGAGUAAUAUUUGAAAAUGAAAGAAAUUAUGUAUUGUUAUAUCUGCCAAAAUAAGAAUCAUUCUAGUGAUGAUUGUCAUCUGGUUCACUUUGUACCAGACAAGGAGAAGGUCAUUAAGCAAUACAAUUUCAUUCAGAACCAAUGUCGUGAUUGUUUUAAACGUUAAAGACACAGACAUCAUUUUUCUGCCUCCUAAGAUUUUGAAUUGAUUUCAAAUAGUGCUAAGAUUUAUCAAAUAGAAAAUGAUCAAGUCAUAGAAUAAAUAGUGCCUAGUUUAUUUUACGAGUAAAAACAAUAAAUUCAAGGAUUCGAGGACUGCUUAAAUCUUGAGAAAAUUAAUUAAAGUGAUAGCAAUUAUAGGCAAAGCAAAUAUAUAUGUAAAGCUUCGGCGUCUAUAAAGAUGCUGCGAACAUAAACAAUUGAUAUUUUGAUGAAUGAUUAUGGUAUGAAGGAGAUGUAUGAGUAAAUUAAAUAGAAAUAUUAAAAUAUUCAUAAAUACACUCAGUAAUAAUAACAUGAUCUCCAUUUGCUUUAUAAGUAGUUGACUAAUAAGCGAGAAGAGGAUACGGAGAUUUGCGAUAAGAUCCACAACUUAAGGUGUAACAAAGAUUGGAAUUUGGAGAAUGUCAUUAGGAAGAUUAAUAGAUGCUACAAAUAGGAGUUCCACUAAUCUGUGAUAGAACAAUUUUAGAAAUACAUGUUGUUUCCGAAUUUGUUUGUAUCCUUGUAUAAGAGUAAGAAAAUAAGAACUUAGGAGGACGAGGAAAGGCGGAAUGCAUCUGUGAUCAUCCAAUAAUACAAAUAAAGUAAAUUUGUGAAUAUUAUGUAUAAGAUCUGAGAAACCUAAAGAGAAGAAACGGAAGAAUUGUACCUUAAUUAAUAUUUAAUAUAAAUUAAUGAAUGACAAUAAGUAGAAAGAUCUUGAGAGUCCAAUUUUCUCAGUUGUGUGUUUUCCUGAUUCUGUUUUAGUGAGUUUGGGAGGAGGAGGAAAGAGAUACGGAUUGGUUAAUAGUCUAGUAAAUAUACUUGCCAUAAUCAUUAAGCAAUUGUUUCCGAAACCUAUAUAUGGAAUAUUGAAGGAUCCCAUUCAUACCUUAUAAUUAGGAGACGAAAUAUUCUAAAGAUUACGACUCAACACGAAAACAGGAUUAAUUGUUGGAAAUAGCGAUGAUUAAUGUGUGAUAUUGAGAGUUUAGGAUAACAAGAUUUCGAUAGUAACUAAGUUUUAGACUGACAGGGCAGCAAAAGAACCUUGUUAGAAUGACGGCGUCUUCAAUUAUUAGGGGGAUACUUUGGCCACAGGAGGAGAAGAUGGGAUUCUGAAGGUUUGGAAUAAGGAUUAUCAAUUGAAAUACACUGUGGAUAUGAAAGGCAAAAUUUAAUCAUUGGAUUAUCAUGUAGCAAAUGGAAUGGUAAAUCUGAUUUUGACAUUAGUUAAUAGUGGCCACUGACAAUGAGGAAUGCAAAAUAUUAAAGGAUAGCCACGUGUUGCAUAAAUUAGAUAUUUCAUAAAACAAUAUCCAUAAACUGCAAUUUCAAUCAGCUCUCUUCUCCUUAGAUGGCAAUACAAUAUUUACAUUCAAGAAUCCAAUGAGAGGAGCUUCAUAUAUGACAAGUUGGAGAAUUGAACAUGACAAUAUUAAACCAUUAAGAACAAUAAAACUUCAUGGACAUCCAGUAGUCACUACUUGCUAAUCAAAGGAAGGCAUGUUCAUUGGUAUUGGAUGUUCAGAUGGAACUGUAAAAAUAAUAAAUGCAAGGUAUCGUUCCAUGUGUAUGUAUUCAUUUAGAAAAUUGGAUGUAGAAUCUAGUAAGUAGGCCCAUGAACUUCCCUGUACUGCCUUGUGUUUUACUCCAGAUUCUAGAUUCAUUAUAUCGGGAUCGGUGGAUGCCAAAUACCAUUUUCUCUAAAAUACUAGACCUUAAGGAAUUUUUUCUUUACUUUCUAAAUUCUGGCUGUUGGGCAUGUUGUUGGCAUACUUGUUUAUUGUAAUAAAGGAUUUAUUUGAAUGA